AUGGGAGACUGGUCCAUUCUUGGCCGCUUCCUAACAGAGGUUCAAAACCAUUCCACGGUCAUUGGUAAGAUAUGGCUGACAAUGCUGCUCAUCUUCCGCAUCUUGCUUGUGGCCCUGGUGGGGGAUGCUGUCUACAGCGAUGAGCAGUCCAAGUUUACCUGCAACACCCUACAGCCUGGAUGCAAUAAUGUAUGCUAUGACACUUUUGCUCCUGUCUCACACUUGCGCUUUUGGGUCUUUCAGAUUGUUCUUGUAUCCACCCCCUCUAUUUUCUACAUUGUCUAUGUCUUGCAAAAAAUUACCAAGAAUGAAAAAAAAGAGGUCAAGAAGGCUGAAGUGGUACCCAGGGCCUCACUUGCACUUGAAAGGGAUAAACAUAGAGAAGGAGAUAAGGAAUCCAGCAGUCCGUACAACACGACCUAUAACAAUGAGGACCAGAGCUCACAGGAAGGUGAGUGUGAGGAGAAGAGCCAGCUGGAAGAGGAAAUGAGAGAGGUAGGAAAGGACCCAACCCAGCUCUCCAGCCAAGUACUACUUAUCUACAUCAUACAUGUUUUGCUGCGUUCCAUUAUGGAGAUAAUCUUCCUCAUUGGGCAGUAUUACCUAUUUGGAUUUGAAGUCCCACACCUUUUCCGCUGUGAAACCUACCCCUGUCCGAACCUAACUGACUGUUUUGUGUCUCGAGCAACAGAGAAGACCAUCUUUCUCAACUUCAUGUUCAGUGUCAGUCUCGGCUGCUUCAUCUUGAACAUUGUGGAGCUGCAUUAUCUAGGCUGGAUAUAUAUUUUCAGAGUACUGUUCUCUGCAUGCUGCACAUGUUGUAACUCAAAUAGGGACCCUGUACAGGUGGAAUUAUACACCGACAACAACCCACUGUUGCUUGAGCUCAAACACUCCUUACGUGGCAGGGUCGUCCUGCAGACCACAUCUACCAUGUCCUGUGACAAGAGCAGUGGCGUCCCAGACCAGGCCCCAGCCAUCUCCUUCGAGACAGACUCUACACUGGAGUGCACGUCCAAGAGAAAUCCAGAUGAAAAGGAACCCACCAAAACUAGACUACACAAUAUGGCAAAAAUAGGAAGAAGCAAAAAGUCAUGGCUGUAA